AAGCAGCUACUUAUCUUAAAGAAAACCAAAACUAACAUGGUCUAAAACAAUGUUUACCAUUCUUUAUUCUGGAAUUGGCUCAUGAACACCGGUUAAGAAAUAUGCAGACGCAUUUUAUAGUAUGGCUUUUUACGUGUUUUGCAAUUAUAUCAGUGUACCAAGCAUGUGAUCCUGGGUGGAAAUCAUUCCAAGACUCUUGCUACCAAUUCUUCACGGAGCUGAAAUCUUGGCCGGAUGCCAAGGCGCAUUGCGAGUCUAUAGAAUCACACUUGGUAAUUGUGAUGACCAGUGAUGAAAACAAUUUCUUGAAGUCUUAUCUCCGUCAAAUCCGCCACACCCAACAUAUAGACCAAGUUUGGAUGGAUGGUGAUGAUUUUAAAUCAGAAGGCAGUUGGAUCUGGGAUAACACUGGAGAAAAGUUUGAAAUACUUGACUGGGGACCCGGGGAGCCAAACCAGAACGGUGGAGAGGAGGAUUGCGUGUCUUUUUAUUCACACGACAACUUUCGGUGGAAUGAUGAACACUGCAACAAGAAUUUCAAUUUCCUCUGUGAAUAUGAACUGUACACCAAUGAAUCCAGUAUACUAGGCUGAUAUAUGUUUUGGUGAAUUAUCUAAUAUCUGAAAUAAAGGUGAAUCACACAAGA